UUUUGCUUUUGAACAACGCCGCACAGUAGUUUUCGCGUUUACAGAAAAUAAUUUCGUCUCAUGAAAAAAAGCAAUUGCUUUUGGCGUUUUCGAAUCGUGUAUUGGACCUUGAAGUAUUGAGAAGUAGGCACGCGUUUCUGUGACGGUUACUACCGUUCCAUCAGGCAAAAGAAAGUAUUCCGUCAUUUGUUUCGUUGUUCAGAGUUUAUUCAAUUACCACGCUCCCGAAUGUCUUGGCACGAACUCAGUAUUAGACAAAUGUUAUUCAGCGAGCGCGGCUGUUUAAAGACAACAGGAAUAAUAUGCUUUUAAAUGAUUUCAGAUGAACUGCAUUUGAACCGAACACUCGCGCGACGGAAAAAAAAAAUCUUACUGCAAUUGGGCUUUUCGUGGAGCCAGUUCGACAGUAAGGAAUAAUUCGACACAGGUUUUGUUGAAUAUAGCCAGGAAACGUGGGAACCGACCGUUGGUUUUUCUUGGAUAUUUUUGCUUGUGUUGUAUUCAGCUGCUAAAAUUUACAAACAAGGAAGUCCAUUAGCGAAUGUUACGACAGAUCGUGUACGUUCGAUUCCGCUCAGCUUCCCGAAGGAGAACUUCCCGCUUCGUUUUUGGAAGAAGACGAGAAAGGCAGCGAGGACAUCGUAUCACUAUGUAAUUUUCUCCACUGGGAUUUAAAGCAUUAAAGGUUGGUAUGGCCAAUGAAACAACUAUAUCGCCAACAACGGAGGCAAAAGACACAGACAUUCCGUAUUGGAUGAUCGUCAUCUGGUGUGUGGCUGGAGUCCUUGUGGUCACUAUGAUAAUAGUAGCUAUUUACUACAGCUAUGUCAUUUGCUGCCAAAGAAGGAACCGCAAAAAUAAAAGGGCUUACGGUAACCAUCGCGACCCAAGGCAUCCAGUGGACCAUUAUCCACGAGGAUAUAUAGAGCAAUUGCACCACGGAGAGACGAACUCCAGAGCUAUGUUCUCGCCAUCGUUUGUCGAUAAUAUGAGAAUUCCACGAGCAAUGGAAGUAAAGAUAAUAGAGUCCGUAAACAAUCUGAACAAUUCGCAUCGCUGUCCGCCAAACAGCCCACCGUGUCAUUCUCCUACUCGUCUCAGUCAAGAUUUGUUAAGCGCAGACAUGUUUUCCUUUCCCAAAGAGAGAAUGCCGCCAUCGAGACAACAGUCGUUUAGAUAUUCCAACAUGAGCACGGAAGAGUCAAACGAGAGAAUGCACAGAGAGAAGAUGCUGGUUUCUGAGUUAAGAGAGAAAUUACGGAAUCAACAUCAAAUUAACGAGUAAAAAGAUCAGGGAGGU